AUGUCGGUUAAUCACGGAUCCGAUAGGAUCCGGCAGGGUGAGUUCGCUCUGGGUGCUGUUGUUACUCAUUAUUUAUCAACUGAACCAUCAUCGCAUGAUUCUGUUUAUUAUGGUUAUCGAUUUGAAUCACCAACAAGUGUUAAUCCUAAUUUUUCUUUUGGUCCUCAAUCAACAUCAGUUGCUAAUCCUAAUAUGCUUUUAACUAAACCAGCACCAACUCGAUCUGAUAAUUAUGUUAAUCCAAAUACACGUUCAACAGAUGCUGCUGCUAGUCAUUAUUUACCAAGUCAACCGCCACCACAUGAUCGUGUUAAUGAUGAUUUUCCAAAUGAAUCAACAACAGUUAACAAUGAUAAUUAUACUUCUGCUAUUCAAACUACAGCAGAUGCCAGUCCUAAUUAUGGUAUUUUAAUAACACCACCACUACCACCGCAUUCUAUUAAUUAUGAUUCUUCAAACAAUCCAUCAACAGGUGCUUCUGUUGAUAAUUAUUCAUCUAGACAAGCAGCACCACGUGAUCCUAUUCAUGAUGAUGAUUUUCCACCUGAACCACAAUCAUCUGGUGCUAAUAAUUAA